CGGCUGGUCUUAAAGGGGACGCAGCCUGAGUGGCGGUUCGCGGGGUGGCCCCCGCUCCGGCUCCUCCCCGUUUCCCGCACCUCGCCCCUCCCCACGCAUCGUCCCGCAGCCCGGCAGCCCAGCGGCAGCGCGGCUGACUCGGGAUCCCUGGGUUCAAGCUUGUGCAGAGCUGGGUGGGGAGUUUGGACUUUGCAGUGAAAGCAGCAUCCCUGCCGGCUGGGACCUGGCGGAGGGUGUCCCCACUCCAGGGGGAGCAGAGGACUCGCCCUGACCUAGCCUGGCCUAGCCUAGUCCUGCCAGGCCUGAGCGCCCCGCCCAGAAGCCGGCUCUGAGGCCGGGGCCACCGGGGUCCCAGAGCGUGGCGCCAUGGACAAGAUCCUGGAGGCGGUGGUGACGUCCUCGUACCCCGCGAGCGUGAAGCAGGGGCUGGUGCGGCGCGUGCUGGAGGCGGCGCGGCAGCCGCUGGAGCGGGAGCAGUGCCUGGCGCUGCUGGCGCUGGGCGCGCGCCUCUACGUGAGCGGAGCCGACGAGCUGCCCCGCCGCGUGGGCUGCCAGCUGCUGCACGUGGCCGGCCGCCACCACCCCGACGUCUUCGCUGAGUUUUUCAGCGCGCGCCGCGUGCUUCGCCUGCUGCAGGGGGGCGCUGGCCCGCCGGGCGCCCGCGCGCUCGCCUGCGUGCAGCUGGGCCUGCAGCUGUUGCCAGAGGGGCCGGCAGCUGACGAGGUGUUCGCGCUGCUGCGGCGGGAGGUGCUGCGCACCGUGUGCGAGCGCCCGGGGCCCGCCGUCUGCGCUCAGGUGGCGCGGCUGCUGGCGCGACACCCGCGCUGCGUCCCCGACGGCCCGCACCGCCUGCUGUUCUGCCAGCAGCUGGUGCGCUGCCUCGGCCGCUUCCGCUGCCCCGCUGAGGGCGAGGAGGGCGCCGUGGAGUUCCUGGAGCAGGCCCAGCAGGUGAGCGGGCUCCUGGCGCAGCUGUGGCGUGCCCAGCCCGCCGCCAUCUUGCCUUGCCUGAAGGAGCUGUUCGCCGUCAUCUCCUGCACAGAGGAGGAGCCACCAUCUAGCGCCCUGGCCAGCGUGGUUCAGCACCUCCCGUUGGAGCUUAUGGACGGCGUCGUCCGGAACCUCAGCAAUGAUGACAGUGUGACAGACUCUCAGAUGCUGACUGCCAUCAGCAGGAUGAUCGACUGGGUGUCGUGGCCCCUGGGGAAGAACAUUGACAAGUGGAUCAUCGCACUGUUGAAGGGCCUGGCUGCUGUUAAGAAGUUCAGCAUCUUGAUUGAAGUUUCACUCGCCAAAAUUGAGAAGGUUUUCUCCAAGCUUCUGUACCCCAUUGUCCGGGGAGCUGCCUUGUCUGUCCUCAAGUACAUGCUCCUGACCUUCCAGCACUCCCAUGAGGCCUUCCACCUGCUCCUCCCUCACAUCCCGCCCAUGGUGGCCUCUCUGGUCAAGGAGGACUCCAACUCGGGGACCAGCUGCCUGGAGCAGCUAGCGGAGCUGGUCCACUGCAUGGUCUUCCGGUUCCCAGGCUUCCCAGAUCUGUACGAGCCUGUCAUGGAGGCCAUUAAGGACCUCCAUGUUCCCAAUGAGGAUCGCAUCAAGCAGCUGCUGGGGCAGGAUGCCUGGACCUCGCAGAAGAGUGAGCUGGCUGGUUUCUACCCCCGGCUCAUGGCCAAGUCAGACACGGGCAAGAUUGGUUUAAUCAAUCUGGGCAACACAUGCUACGUGAACAGCAUCCUUCAGGCCUUAUUCAUGGCUUCUGACUUCAGACACUGUGUGCUCAGAUUGACUGAGAACAACUCCCAGCCCCUGAUGACCAAGCUGCAGUGGCUCUUCGCCUUCCUGGAGCACAGCCAGCGGCCUGCCAUCUCUCCAGAGAACUUCCUCUCUGCAUCCUGGACACCCUGGUUCAGCCCCGGCACCCAGCAGGACUGCUCAGAGUACCUGAAGUAUCUGCUGGAUCGGCUACACGAAGAGGAGAAAACGGGGACAAGGAUCUGCCAAAAACUCAAGCAGUCCAGCUUGCCCUCCCCUCCCGAGGAGCCCCCCGGCCCGAGUCCCACCUCCGUGGAGAAGAUGUUCGGAGGCAAGAUCGUGACUCGGAUACGCUGUCUCCGCUGCCUCAAUGUCUCCUCCAGGGAGGAGGCCUUCACGGACCUCUCUCUUGCUUUCCCCCCCACUGAGCGCUGUCGCCGCCGCCGCCUGGGCUCAGUGAUGCUCCCCGCAGAGGACAUCGGGGGCCGGGACCCCCCCCCACCCUCCCGAGCCCAGGUUCCAAGCAGGGUGGGUCCUCGGAGGCAGAGGAAACACUGUGUCACUGGGGACGCGCCCCCCUCCGUCCUGGACAUUGAAGGCCUGGGCCCCCAGGGAGCUGGCGGGCAGAGCAGUGGGGAGGAGGAGGUGGAGAGGGAGGAGGAAGCACAGGAGGAGGAACGGCCCCGAGAGGGGGAGGGGGAGGGGGAGGGGGAGGGGGGCAGAGAGAAAGAGGAGGGGGAGGAAGAAAAGACGGAGAAGGAGAAGGAGGCCGAGCCAACGGAGAAGGAAGAGGACAGCCCGGGGCCAGGGACCCACUGGGGUGGCGCCACCCCCGCUGGGGAGGGCUCCCGCUCCGUGCUGGACCUGGUCAACUACUUCCUGUCCCCCGAGAGGCUGACGGCCGAGAACCGCUACCACUGCGAGCCCUGUGCCUCGCUGCAGGACGCCGAGAAGGCGGUGGAGCUGAGCCAGGGGCCGCGCUACCUCAUCCUCACCCUGCUGCGCUUCUCCUUCGACCUGCGCACCAUGCGCCGCCGCAAGAUCCUGGACGACGUCUCCGUGCCCUUGCUGCUGCGCCUGCCGCUGGCCGGGGGCCGGGGCCAGGCCUACGACCUCUGCAGCGUCGUCGUGCACUCCGGCCUGUCCUCGGAGAGCGGCCACUACUACUGCUACGCCCGCGAGGGCGCCGCCCGCCCGGCCCCGUGUGUGGCUGCUGCCGACAGGCCCGAGCCCGAGAACCAGUGGUACCUGUUCAACGACACUCGGGUGUCCUUCUCCUCCUUCGAGUCUGUCAGCAAUGUCACCUCCUUCUUCCCCAAGGACACGGCCUAUGUGCUCUUUUACCGGCAGCGGCCCGGGGAGGCGCCCGAGGCCGAGCUGGGCUCUCCCAGAGGCCGGACGGAGCCCACCCUCCACAAAGAUCUGAUGGAGGCCAUUUCCAAAGACAACAUCCUUUACCUGCAGGAGCAGGAGAAGGAGGCCCGGAGCAGGGCGGCCUAUAUCUCUGCGCUCCCCGCGUCUCCGCGCUGGGGCAGGGGCUUCGAUGAGGACAAGGACGAGGACGAAGGCUCUCCGGGAGGCUGCAGUCCUGCGGGCGGCAGUGGCGGGGACUUCCACAGACUGGUCUUCUAACGGGGGCC